AUGAGUCUAUUAGGAACAAGCCUCCCUGAGUCAGGACUGAGGAGAGGUGGAUCUUUUAAACAGGCCUCCAUCAAUCGUACCACAUCUGGAUCUCAGAAGGGCCAGAGAGCUUGGAUUGAAAAAACCUUUCAGAAAAGACAUUGCAUUCAUAUUUUUCCAUGCAAGGAUCCAACUCGAUGUGCCUGCGGUAAUCUGCUGACCCAACAUGCAGCCAUCCCACCCGGGGCUGCCACCAGCAAGCCUGCAGUGGACAACCAGGGAGACGUUUUGCAGGAGAAAUGGUCAGUGGCCAAGCACACCCAGACCUCCCCUACAGACGCUUACGGCAUCAUCGAGUUCCAGGGAGGAGGGUUCGUCAACAAGGCCAUGUAUAUCAGAGUGUCCUAUGACACUAAGCCCGACAACUUGCUGCACCUCAUGGUGAAAGAGUGGCACCUAGAGCUCCCUACACUGCUCAUAUCUGUUCAUGGAGGCCUGCAGAACUUUGACUUGCAGCCCAAACUCAAGCAAGUCUUUGGCAAAGGCCUAAUUAAGGCUGCAGUGACUACGGGAGCCUGGAUCUUCACUGCUGGAAUUAGCACAGGGGUGAUCCGACAUGUUGGAGAUGCACUGAAAGACCAUUCCUCUAAGUCUAGAGGGAAGGUUUGUGCCAUAGGGAUUGCUCCAUGGGGAAUCCUGGAGAGCAAGGAGGAUCUCAUUGGAAAAGACGUGACCAAACCUUACCAGGCAAUGUCCAACCCUCUGAGCAAGCUGGCCGUGCUCAACAGCAGCCACUCACAUUUCAUCCUGUGUGAUAACGGCACGUGUGGGAAGUACGGGGCUGAGGUCAGGCUGCGUAGGCAGCUGGAGAAGCACAUCUCGCUGCAGAAGAUUAACACCCGAUUAGGGCAGGGGGUGCCUCUGCUGUGCCUGAUUGUAGAAGGAGGUCCCAACAUGAUCACCGUGGUGCUGGAGAGCCUGCGCGAGGAGCCGCCGGUGCCAGUGGUGGUGUGCGACGGCAGCGGACGUGCCUCCGACAUCCUCUCCUUUGCCCACAAGCACUCAGAGAAGGGAGAAGUAAUCAGUGAGGAUGCCCGAGACCAGCUGCUGGUCACCAUUCAGAAGACUUUCAGCUACAACAAGAGCCAGUCUCAGCAAAUCUACCACAUGAUCAUGGAGUGCAUGAAGAAACGGGAGCUGAUUACAGUCUUUCGAAUGGGUGCAGAGGGGCAGCAGGACAUUGAGAUGGCCAUUCUAACAGCUUUACUGAAAGGCACUAACGCCUCAGCUCCGGACCAACUGAGUUUGGCUCUAGCUUGGAAUAGGGUGGACAUAGCACGCAACCAAAUCUUUGUGUAUGGACACAAUCUUCCACCUGCAAGUGCAAUAGCCAGUGCUACAUCCAUUAAGGAGCAUCCCACUAAGGAGAAGCCCAAGAGUUCAGGUGGUGGACCUCAGCGCAAAGGAAAACCCAGAGGGAAGAAAGGCAAAGCUGGGAAGGCCAAGCCAGAAGUGCCAGAGGAAACAGACCCUAGGAAGUUAGCCUUACUGAACUGGGUGAACUCACUGGAGCAGGCGAUGAUGGAUGCACUGGUGCUGGACAGAGUAGACUUUGUGAAGCUGCUGAUCGAAAAUGGGGUCAACAUUCACCACUUCCUGACCAUCCCACGACUAGAGGAGUUAUAUAACACAAAACUUGGACCCACCAACACACUAAACAUUUUAGUUCGAGAUGUUAAAAAAGGGAACCUUCCUCCAGACUAUCAAAUCACACUGAUUGACAUCGGCCUGGUGGUGGAGUACCUCAUGGGCGGAGCCUACCGCUGUAACUACACAAGGAAAGGUUUCCGUUCUCUCUACAACAACCUUUAUGGACUUAAAAGGCCUAAAGCCCUAAAACUACUUGGUAUGGAGGAUGAUGAACCCAGAACGAAAGGCAAGAAGAGGAAGAAAAAGAAGGAGGAGGAGGUGGAAGUUGACACGGAUGACCCCGAGGUCAGCCGUUUCCAUUUCCCGUUCCAUGAGCUGAUGAUCUGGGCAGUGCUAAUGAGAAGGCAGAGGAUGGCUCAGUUCCUGUGGCAGAGAGGAGAGGAGGCCAUGGCAAAGGCCCUGGUGGCCUGUAAGCUCUACAAAGCCAUGGCCCACGAGUCCUCCGCCAGUGAGAUGGUGGAUGACAUUUCUCAGGAUAUGGACAGCAACUCUAAGGAGUUUGGAACUUUAGCCUAUGAGCUUCUGGACCAGGCCUACAAGCAUGACGAGCAGGUGGCCAUGAAGCUGCUUACCUAUGAGCUCAAGAACUGGAGCAAGUCCACCUGUCUGAAACUGGCAGUGGCUGCCAAGCACAGGGACUUCAUUGCCCACACCUGCAGCCAGAUGCUCCUGACUGACAUGUGGAUGGGCUGUCUGAGGAUGGGCAAAAACCCUGGACUCAAGGUGAUUAUCGGUAUCAUUUUCCCUCCAUCAAUCCUGCUCCUGGAUUUCCGUCUGGGUGAUGACACCCACCAAAGUUCUGAUGACCAGGAAAACGCCAAGGACAAGGAUGACGACAACAAAUCCAGCAAGGAUGCCACAGACACACACUCCAGGAAAGGAGAUGAAGAAGAAGGUAGCAAGAAACAAGGACGUGUGCCCAUUGGAAAGAAGUUCUAUGAAUUCUACAACGCCCCAUUCACCAAAUUUUGGUUUAAUACUAUAUCCUACCUUGUGUAUCUUAUGCUGUACAAUUACGUUGUUCUGGUGAAGAUGGAGAAUUGGCCAUGCAUCCAAGAGUGGGUGGUCAUCUCCUAUAUACUGACCCUGGGCCUGGAGAAAGUUAGACAGAUCUUGAUGUCAGAGCCUGGUAAGCUCAGGCAGAAGAUUAACGUGUGGCUGGAAGAAUACUGGAACAUCACAGACCUGAUAGCCAUCUCCAUGUUCCUGCUCGGCCUCCUCCUCAGACUGCAGGAGCCAUAUAUGGGUUAUGGCCGGGUUAUCUACUGUGUGGACAUCAUCUUCUGGUACAUCCGUGUCUUAGACAUUUUUGGAGUCAACAAGUACCUUGGACCCUAUGUCAUGAUGAUUGGAAAGAUGAUGAUUGACAUGCUGUAUUUUGUGGUGAUCAUGUUGGUGGUCCUCAUGAGCUUUGGGGUGGCACGACAGGCCAUACUGCACCCCGAUGAGGAGCUGACAUGGCGUCUGGCCCGAAACAUCUUCUACAUGCCCUACUGGAUGAUCUAUGGAGAGGUGUUUGCGGACUCAAUAGACCGUAAGACUAGAAUUGAUAUUUAUGCAAUGGAAAUAAAUCCCCCCUGUGGAGAAAAUAAGUAUGACGAAGAUGGGAAGAAAUAUCCGCCCUGCAUCCCUGGGGCUUGGCUCACUCCAGCCAUCAUGGCCUGCUAUUUGCUGGUGGCUAAUAUCCUCCUUGUCAACUUGCUCAUUGCUGUCUUUAACAAUACCUUCUUUGAGGUGAAGUCCAUCUCGAACCAGGUGUGGAAGUUCCAGCGGUAUCAGCUGAUCAUGACUUUCCAUGAUAGGCCAGUGCUUCCUCCUCCUCUCAUCAUCUUCAGCCACAUCUACGUUCUCUUCAAACAGUUAUGCUGCCGCUGUGGCAGCAGAAAGGAGGGGGAUGUGGACGAGAAGGACAGAGGCUUGAAGCUUAUCCUGAAUGUGGAAGAGCUGAAGGCUCUGUACGAAUUUGAGGAGCAGUGUGUGGAGGAGUACUUCAGAGGGAAGGAAGACGAGCAACAGUGCUCAAACGAUGAGCGGAUAAGGGUGACAUCUGAAAGGGUGGAAAAUAUGUCCAUACGCCUUGAGGAAGUCAAUGAAAGAGAGAACACGAUGAAGGCCUCCCUACAGACAGUGGAUCUCAGGCUUGCCCAGCUUGAGGACAUCCACUCUCGCAUGAUGAAUGCCUUGGAGAAGCUGGCUGGCAUUGAUCACGCUGAACUGACCCGCACACGGUCAGGGGCGUCCUCGGUCUGUGGCACCUCGCUGCUUCGUUCCAGCAGUGUUAACAGCACUGAUGGGUACAGCCUCUAUCGCUACUAUCUGGAUGACUGCUCACCCUCUGAUGAGAAGGAUGUGACCAAGGCAAGCCAGCUCACCUCACCGAGACAGUCCAAAAUGGGGAAGGCACCUAGCACCAUUACAAUCCCUUCAAAAGAGCAUGGCCAGAGUUUGGAGAUGGAAGCCCCUGAACAAAGGAGCUCCUGUGUGGACAUCUGGAUCUCCCCUUGUGAGCAGAAAGCUGAUGUAUCAGAUCAUACUGGAGAGGUAUGGACACAGGCUGAAAUAUCUACCCAGCCUCUCGCGGCUGGUCAAGUUUACCAGAAUACUCCUGCAGUUAAACUUGACAAAACAUUUCAGAGAGUUAAGCUUGAUUCUGCUUUCUCAUUUCCCUUGGAAAAAGUAAAGGCAUUCAAACACUAUCUAUCAGAGGAUCUGACCACUUCACCCUCUUUAGCAUGGAAGUCUAGAAGCACCAUCUUGUAUGACCCAGUUGAUAAGGAAGCUGAUGUGCAGUGGGCUACAGACUCCAGCUCUCCUGAACAAAUGAGUGGUGGGUCACCAGCCAUGAGACGGUGGAGUGAUGGCUUUGAGUAUAAGGUUCACCCCAGCCUUUUUGGCCAGAUGCCUAAAGUAUCGAUAGUCCAGCCCCCAAAUGUACACAUUAUCAAACCCAAAGAUGAACAUGAGGCAGAUGACUAUGAGAGGUGUCAGAGACUAAGAAUUCAGACCAGGAAUGAGAAACAACCAGAAGGUAGAUCCCAGGGAGAUACACCAGAGGAAUGCCAGAAAAACUGGAAUAAUGUUAAGCAAGAUGGAAUUAAGGAGAAUGGCCCAGAAGAAAGUCAGAAGAUCGAUAGCAUUAGAGGUAAGAAAGCCAGGCUCUCAACAGGAAGAGCUGAAGCACAGAGACACAGUCUGGAAGAAGGAAGGAUGCACCUAUAUGAGGACGGACGCGAUUGUUGCCACCUUCGUGUACCUGAAGAGAGAAGGUACCUCCCAGCAAGAUCCAAGAGCUUGAACAAAGGUCACAAAGUUUUAGUGGAAAGCGUGGACAAGCCCAGGAGUUCCAACAGUGAGAGAGUCCUUGCAGGUGUGAGGUCUACUGAGAAACCUGAAGAAAACUCUGGAAAAGAAUCACAGGUUGAAGAACCUGAGAAAGAGUUAUAUCUGAAUAUGGCGGUUUAAACAGACUUGG